AUGUCGCAAGCGUGUGGCACCCAAGUGACACAGACGCAAGUCUUCAACGUGGUCUCGCAGAGCUUCGUCGCCGGGCCUGAUGCUGUACUGAUGGCCAUCGCCGGGGCGGAGCCGAAGGAGUUUCCCUUCACUCCCGAGACCAGUGAGGUGGUCAUUGGUCGUCACCCUGAUUGCAAUAUUCAGGCUAGCGACAAGCAUGUGAGUUCCAAGCACUUCCGCGUCUACCGCGACAGUGAGAAACGCUUUUUUCUGGAGGAGUUGGGUUCCUCUGGUUGCUUCAUCAACAAUCAGCUGGUGAAGAAAGGCGAGCAUCGCGCCUUGUGUCACGGCGAUGCCAUCAAGAUUGCGCCCAACGUCACCACGGAGAGUCCCUUCGCCUUCUUCAUCUUACAGGUGAACCCCUGCGAGGGCAGUGCCUGGAAAGGCGACGGCGUGCCCUGCCCCCCCGACACGAGCGAGCGGAGUGGCACUGGUGAAAUAGAAGGCAUGCCCAAUGGGAAGACCGAAGACUGGGUGACCAAACAUUGGGACAUUCGGCACCAGCUGGGCAGUGGCAACUUCAGCGAGGUCCGACUCGGGGUGGACGUCAAGGACAAGGGAAAGCAAUACGCGAUGAAGAUCGUAGACAAGAAGAAGUUCCUGCAGUUUCAGAAGCAGCGCGAAUCCGUGUUGAAUCUUCGUGAUGAGGCAGAUAUGAUGAGUAGUCUUUCACAUUCCAACAUUGUCAAGUGUCACAGCUGGUUCCAAACAGAGGCCAACAUGUACCUUGCGUUGGAGCUUGUGCAAGGAGGCGACCUGUUGCACUGCUUGCUGGAUGGUGGGGCGUUCCCAGAACACCAGGCUUCCAGGCUCUUCCAUCAGAUCUGUGAUGCGGUGAGGUACCUCCAUGUAGAGAAACAGCUGGUACACCGAGAUUUAAAGCCUGAGAACAUCCUGCUGACCAGCAAGGACAGAGAAACGAUGCUUCCGAAGUUGGCUGAUUUUGGGUUGGCCCGCAAAAACAUGAAAUCCCGGGACUGUCGCACUUUCUGCGGUACGCCACACUAUUUCGCCCCAGAGGUCAUCACAACUGCCAGUAGUUCUGACUCCAAGAAUGCCGGUUAUGGGAAGCAGGUGGAUAUGUGGAGCCUGGGGGUCAUCCUCUAUAUCCUCCUGAGCGGCAUCCCACCCUUUGAGGAGGAGCAGCUGUAUCGUCAAAUUCUGGAUGGGAAGUACGAAUUCGAUGUCGAGGAGUGGAAUUGCGUCUCCCCAGAGGCAAAGCAGUUCGUGACCAGCAUGAUGACGGUGAAUCCCAUGGAGCGGAUCGAUAUCAAUCAGGCCGUGGACCAUCCAUGGUUUAAGAUUUCCAGGUUUUGCACGCCUACCCGCUCCAAUGUCGAGCCGGGGGGUCGUUCCUUCGCAGAGGAGCCUUCGGCCAAGCGCCGUAAGUCGGAGGGGACUAUGGGGACUAUGGCCUGA